UCUAACAGGAGAGAGUCAGAGCCUGCUGCUUAGAGAGUCUCGACUAUCAACCUGUAGACCUUGUUUAAUGCAGCCUACAGAACAAGGACUAGUCUGAACAGACUCCACACUGAAAAACCAGAUACCAAGAGCUUCAACCCUGAGUUCAAACAAAAUUCCCAUGUGGGUGGUAGAGAAGAUCCGUGUGUCGGUCGAAAGGACCAACCUGCCGCUUCCCAUAACGGAAUACAGCUUCAAACUCGGAGACAUCAUGUUCGGAGACAAGUCGUCCAUUGACAAAGCCAAAAAAGUCUUGCUGUGUCCAAACAUCAUUACCCCGGACACCAUCCCGGAGUUCUGCAUUCCCCCGAAAAUCUCAAGCCCAAUAGAGGGGAAGAAUAUCGAACUGGGGAGGCCGACUCCUUGCAUCCGAGUUUCUCCCUGUGAGAAAGGAAGUCCAAAGAGAGAGAUUGUUUCCCGAGAGCUGACCAAUAAUCAUAUCAUCCAGGUGGAGAGUGUCGAUGAUGGUCCGUAUGACAAUGGCUGUAGUGAUGAAGAAACCACCAAUGCUGAUCCCCAAAGCCAGGCAGCACUUUCCCUACCACAUUUAGCCAAAGCUCAAACCUGCUACGGCUUUUGCACCUUACUCGAAAGUCCCCACACCAGGAGAAAGGAGUCUCUUUUCCACAACGACCCAAACUCCAGUGGGAUCCCUUUGGUUCUUCCAAGGAGUCGAUCGAGCACUUGCUCCAAAUCUUCCCUGUCUGCGUCCCCCUUGUUGCCGUCUUCAUCCUCACCUUCGUCAUUCAGCCUGAACUCUCUUACUUCAAGACUUUCACCUAAAGGGUUUACCCUGCACCGACAGGGAACUCUAGAUAGCGAUACUACUUCCUCGGCAGAGUCGUCUCCUUUUAGUUCACCUCUGCUGAACAGAUGCCCACCGAAAUCCUCUCUCCUCAAAGCACUUAAUCAUGAAAACCUACUUUAUCGUAACCUCCGAAAAGCAGCCAUGUCUAGAAACAAUUCGCUGUCGACAGAUGAGGGUAGCUCUACGGACAAUAGUCCUAAUAUUAUGAGGAGAGCUUCUGAAGGCCUCGUUGAGCCUCUCCCAUGUGGUUUCGGCUUGGCACCUCCAUCUAUCUUUCCUAUGGAUUUGGUUUUGCACAGGGAGAGGGUGAUGAAAGAGAAUUUGGUGCCUGUUGGAAGGGAAGGAACCUUGCGAUUGUCGGCAGAGUAUUGUCCUGAAAACCAGAGGUUGCGUGUUCGCCUCAUAAGUGCGGAAGGCCUGUACGCUCUAUCGGUGGACCCUAAAAGCAUUAACUGCAGUGUUAGCCUCUCUCUCAUGCCUGGAAAAAUCCAGAAACAGCGCAGCACAGUCAUCAGAAAGAGUCGCAAUCCGAUCUUCAAUGAGGACUUUUUUUUUGAUGGUAUAACCGAGGAUGAUCUCUGCCAGAGGUCGCUCCGAUUUAAAGUUGUUAACAAGAUGUCCACAAUGAAAAGAGACUAUAUUUUGGGCAACUAUGAUCUUCCUCUCACUAGCAUUGUCACAUUGUAGUUUAAAUUGCCUAAUUUAUUGUGUAUGAAUGUGAGUGCAUGUGUUAUGUGUAUUACAAAAUGUUAUUUAUUGCCAAAUCUGUUUAUUUGCCAAAGACGACUACUACUAUUUUUAUUAAA